GAGGCGGCGAAGCGCGGGCAGCGGCGGCGGCAGCAGCAGUGAUGCCCUGACACCUGAGGUACCAGCACAUCCCAUGGUGGAAGGCAUGUGACCAGAUCAGAAUGGUCUUGGCUCAGACUUUCACCGUCUCCCUACUGAAGUAAGUGCUGAAAAUUGCAUUUCCUGGACAUUGCAUCUCCUCACUGCCCCACAGAGCCAACCUGGCCACCAGCCCACCUCAGUGUGCCACCAGACUCUGCAUUCCCGUUCAUGGCAAUGCCCCAGAACUCCACCAGAGAAAAUGGCUUUUGUUUCGCUCAGCCCCUUGACUUCUCCCGUCCAUCCCCUCAUGGCGGCGGGGCUGGCCGGCCAUUGGGCGCAGCGAGGGAGGACGAUGGCUGCAGCACCCCCCUGAGCAAUGGCGUGGGCUCCUCGGGGGCCCCCAGCCCCUCAGGGGCCCCCAGCCCCUCAGACUCCUCUGCUGAGCCCCUCUGCACACCCAGCCCGGCGCAGGACCCGACGCCGCUCGAGGAAGGGAUCAAAUACGUGUCUGCCCAAGGGGAGGAACUGGCCUGUGGCUGGGGGGCCUUCACCCCCGGCUGCCUGCAGCCCUGCAACACAUCCAAAGGGGUCUUGUUCUUCCUCUGCGUGGCCUCCUUCCUGCAGGGCAUGACCGUGAACGGCUUCAUCAACACCGUCAUCACCUCCAUCGAGCGCCGCUUAGAGCCUGCCCUGCUCCCAGGCCGCCUCCAGCCUCUCUGGCUACAGGUUUGUCUUCAUGCUGGGGCAGUUCCUGCACGGCAUGGGAGCCACGCCGCUCUACACGCUCGGCGUCACCUACUUGGAUGAGAACGUCAAGACCAACUACUCCCCUGUGUACAUUGCUGUUUUCUACACUGCUGCAAUCCUUGGGCCUGCAGCGGGUUAUCUGGUAGGAGGAAUGUUUCUAAAUAUUUAUACUGAAAUUGGCAGAGAGACAGACAUGGCCCCCGAGAACACGCUGUGGGUGGGGGCCUGGUGGAUCGGCUUCCUGGGGGCUGGAGCUGCCUCCCUCCUCAUCUCCAUCCCCAUCCUGGGCUAUCCCCAGCGCCUCCCAGGGUCCCAGCGCUACAUCGUCAUGAGGGUGUCAGAGGCUCAUCAGCUGAAGGAUGGCAGCCACAAGAAAGCAUUGGAUCCAGACUUUGGGAAAACGGUGAAAGACCUGCCUCGGUCAGUGCUGCUACUUCUGAAGAACUCCACCUUCAUCUUCCUUUGCUUAGCAGGAGCAACUGAAGCAACCCUGAUUGCUGGGAUGUCCACCUUUGGACCCAAAUUCCUGGAGUCUCAGUUCAGUUUAAGUGCCUCUGAAGCUGCCACCUUUUUUGGUUAUCUGGUGGUGCCAGCCGGAGGGGGAGGCACAUUCCUGGGAGGAUUCCUCGUGAAUAAACUCAAACUGCGCUGCUCAGGAAUCAUCAAGCUGUGUUUGCUUUGCACAGUGUCAAGUCUGCUGGCCAUCUUCAUUUUUUUUAUCCACUGCCCUAACAUGCCCAUGGCAGGAGUAACCCAGAUGUACGAUGGAAGUGCUUUGCCAGGUGGGCACCUCAAUCUGACAGCUGCCUGCAAUGCCCAGUGUGGCUGCCUGCACGGCACCUACAGCCCUGUCUGCGGCACUGAUGGCAUCAUGUACUACUCCCCCUGCCACGCUGGCUGCAAAAGCGUGUCUGUAAACCUCAGGAAUGGCAAGAAGGUCUACCAAGAGUGCAGCUGUGUUGACAAAGCCCUCCUGCCUGGCUCUGGCAAAGCAGAGGCAGGGAAAUGCACCUCCUCCUGUGCCAAAAAGCCCUUGCUCCUGUGCUUCAUAUUUGUGGUCAUCCUCUUCACCUUCCUGAGCAGCAUUCCUGCCCUGACUGCCACUCUGAGGUGUGUCUCUGAGAGACAAAGGUCCUUUGCACUCGGGAUCCAGUGGAUUGUGGUACGAACCUUAGGAGGCAUCCCUGGCCCCAUUGCCUUUGGCUCCAUGAUUGAUAAGUCCUGCCUGCUGUGGCAGGACCAGUGUGGGGAGCAGGGCUCCUGCUACGUUUACCAGAACUCAGCCAUGAGCCGCUACACCCUCAUCACUGGACUGGUCUACAAGGUGCUCGGGACAACCUUCUUUAUAGUGGCCUGUUUACUCUACAAACCCCCACCUUCAGAGUCACCUCCAGGCAGCUUGGAUGCAUCUGAACGUGGCAGCAGAGACCUCCAGGAGCACAAGCCUUCACUGCCAGCUGCAGAGGAUAUAUAGUGCUGUCCACAUGCAAGAGACUUUUUCAAACUGAGAAAUACCACAAGAAGACAUUAUGCAGUUUCCCAAGGGGUUUUUAAAUCAACAGUAAUAUUUUAAAUUUUUAUUCUUUUUUUAGUUGAAGAUAAAUAAUUUAAGUGACCACUGGUGUGCUUUGCUAUUUUCUUAACAGCAGAAGCACAUUUAAAGUUGUGCGCUGGUGCCACGUGCAGUUAUUUAAUUUUAUUUAAAGAAAGGGCUACUGUAGCUUUAUUCUGUGUCUGUGACAAGCCAGGACCACGUUCUCCACUUGUGGAAGUAAUCACUGGUAACUCCAAUGGAGCAUGUGGGGUUUAAAUCACCAGAGGAUCUGGGCCAACUGUAUUGAAUAUCUCAAUUGUAAAGCCAACUGUAGCAAAACAACUGUUGGGACUUCCAAGCUGGGGAGGAGCACUGCUGUUCUGCAGUCUGCACUGCAAAGGGGUCACUGGCCCUUGAACUGUUGCAUGCAAAGCAGACAGCCCUGGCAGUGUCCUCCUCCUUCCCACGGCACACAGAAUCACUCUGUUCAGGAGCAGCUCCUCUCAUUAUGCAAGUUCCUAUUACUGGGAGAGGAGAUUUGAUUAGCAAAUCCAUCAGUACACUACAGGCAGCCAUUCCCAGAGCUGCCAAGCACUGUACACUCACUGCCUCACUGAUGGCAGGGUUUACACCGUGGUGACACUUCAGUUUUUUUAUUUGUGUUGUUUAAAAGUGAUGCCUUUUGUAAUGUACUGUGCAAAACUUGAACUUCUUGCUGUUUGCUGGGCGUGGGAAGGCGUGAGAUACAGAUCUAUGCAAUGUUUAUCUUGGGUUGUUCUGUAAAGACAGUGGGUUUGGGUAAACAGGAAGGUUGGAAUGAAUUUAGUUUGUCUCUAGACCAGUAGCCUGAGGGGUGGGUCUGCCUUGUGGAAGGGGGAUGCUGGUCUGUAACUCUUGCAGGGAGAGAGGGCAGCGUUCCCAAAACGACCUUUGAAUGUUCUCUUGCAAUAUGGAUCAGGACCUUUCUGAGGGGCAGAACUGGGGUACGUGUGAGUCUGGCUGCCCUCUGAGUGGAGAUCAGGCCAGGCUGGUGCUUGGUGUGCAGUGUCUGCACAGCCACAGGGUGCAGGUGCAUGCCCAGGGGGGCACAGGGAGCCCCUGGAAUCCUGCCUGGUGUCACCGUGGUCACAGGACAGCACCUGCAGCCCUGAGCUGCACAACUGCACUUCCUUCCCGCCAGCUCCCACUCAGAAUUGCUCUGUAGAUGUUUUUGUAUAUUCUGUGUAUUUAUGCUUCCACAGAGGGACACAGGAUGGGCAUUUGCUUCCUUCAGUAGCAGAGGACUGACCCUCAGAGUGUUCCUGUUGCAGGCAGGGAUGGUGCUGCUGGGAGUGGAGUUGAUAUUCAGGUCAGUGGAGGAGAGCAGCUUCUUCCAUUCACAGAUCCCCUUCCAGCAAAGCCACAGGGUGAGCUCUCUGCUUCCAAACCCUUGUUUCCCAGCCCCUGAGGAGUGCUGGGACACACUGUGCACCCCCUGCCCCAUCCCUGGAAUUGCUCAGUGCCAGCUUGGCUGGGGUUUUGAGCAAAACUUCACCAUUAAGCUGAAGAUGCCUCUGCCCACAGCAGGGAAUUGAAACAAAAUGAUCUUUAACUCAAACCAUUCAAUGAUUCUGUUUUUAUCUCUAGUAGCUGCUGGAAAAACUAAAAGUGAUAAGGGCGAGAUGGAUGGUGGCUUUUGGUGCUUGUGGAUGGGCAGCUGGUGCAGCUUUGAUGGGGCAUGCAGGAGAGCCCUGUUUUUCUAGGGAGGCAGGAUUAGACCCACUGAUGCAGGAUUUAACCCCAGCCCUGCCCCAACACCUUCACCUGGGUUUGGAGCCACCUGCAAGCACGAGCCUGUCUCCAGGCCUUGCCCUUCCCAGCUUAGACACCUUGGGUACAAGCAGGGAUCUUAGAUGGGCAAAUGCAUGAAUGUAUUUUGGGAGCUGAUUUUAUGUAUGAUGUAUUUAUGAAAGUUAGAAGUUUUUUCUUCAUAUAUAUAUAUAUAUAUGUAUGGGUGUAUAUACAUAUACAUAUAUAUAUAUAUACAUAUACAUGGAUAUUGCAAUGCAAUUUUAGUGUUUAUAAAAUGAGCUUUAUCUGAGUGUGUUGUUUUCAGAGCUAAACAAAAGCUCCUGGGAUUCUGGGCAUUUAUUAUGUUGUUGUGGGACUGGCAAUUCAAGGAUUUUAGUAAGCAGCAACAUGGCAUUCCUGUUCCAUAACCAGGCUGUUUAGGUGUACAGGUAAUUUAAAAUAUUUGGAAGUAUGUUUUCCAAUCUGAUAUGAAGUAUUAUAUUGCUAUAAAAGCAUAGAAAUAUAAUCACUCUUUCACAGGUA